CUCUUAACAUGUCAUUUUGGUUCCUCUGUCCUCUCCAUAUAUAUUCUAUCUCACCUCAUUAUUUGAAAAUAUGCAAACGGUAACUUAGCCUAAAAUAAAUAAAAGAAAAACAUGGAUGAUCUCCCACCAGGUUUUCGAUUCUACCCAACAGAAGAAGAAUUAGUUUUCUUCUAUCUACACAACCAGCUAGAAGGCCAAAUACACGACACAAGCAGAGUCAUUCCAGUCAUUGACAUCAAUGGCGUAGAGCCAUGGAACCUUCCAUCACUUGCAGGGGAGCUUUGUCGUGGAGACACGGAGCAAUGGUUUUUCUUUUCACCGAGACAAGAGAGAGAGGCCAGAGGAGGCAGACCCAACAGAACCACAGCAAGUGGUUAUUGGAAGGCCACUGGUUCCCCUGGCCAUGUUUACUCUUCUGACAACAAAGUCAUUGGGAUGAAGAAAACCAUGGUCUUUUACAAAGGGAAAGCUCCCACCGGAAGGAAAACCAAAUGGAAGAUGCAUGAGUAUAAAGCCAUUGAACACUCUGAUCAAUCCAACACUGCCCCUCCAAAGUUGAGGCACGAAUUCAGCUUGUGUCGUGUUUAUGUGAUAUCGGGAAGCUUUCGAUCGUUUGAUCGACGCCCACUGGAUAUGCCAAGAGUUGAGCUACGAGUUGUUGAUGGGGACAGAGGUGCUGCUUCAACAAGUGCUCAAGCUCAACAGAGAAGUUCUUCUCAUACUUCCCACUCUGGUGGUGAUGCUCAUGUCACAGAUGCUGGAGCAGGGUCAAGUGGAACAAAUUGGAAUGCAAGUAAUAGGGUUGAGGAACCACUUUGGGAAUGGGAACAACUUGAUUGGCCAUGACCCAAAAGUCAAGAACAUGCUCAAACCUAGCAAGACUUUCUUAAUUGAAUAACGUCGUUUCAAUUAAAUUAAUCAUAUAAGUUGUAGGCGUAGUUUGGUUCGAUUUCCUUCACCUCGAAGGGCCAUGUAAUGUAACAUAAUCAUUAGUAUUUGUUGUUUAACAUAGGAUUGGUUUUCCCCGGGAAAAUAAGUUGGGAAUAAGAUCCAAGCAUAAAAAGGAAGGUGGUGUGGAUCUUGUAAUUUUGUUUUUGUGACUUGUUGUCUUGUAACGAUAAUCAAUCUCCUUUUCAACCCUAGAAAUUUUCUUUCUUGUUUAGGAAUUCAAAUGAAAUUAAUCAAUCUACUAUUUGCUUAUGAA